CUCCAAUAAGUAAUAAAAUAAAAAGAAACAGUCACAAAUGCACUUCCAAAACAGACACAGAGGAAGACGCUGUACAAUCUCAUAAACAGCGUUUUCAUUUUUCAUGCACUCACACAGAAAUCAAAUCAUCAUAAAUUAGAAUUCUCCACUUUCCACCUUAGUGAAAAAUAUAAACACACAGUUUCUUCCUCUUAUUCUCCCACUUUAUUAUACUAAUACACACUAUGCUAAUAUACGCUGCUAACCAUAACAUUAACACACUAUCAUAACAAACUACUCUUCUUUCUUCACACUCUCACAAACACCACCAUGCAUACUCAUACACUUCUCAUCAUUCUCUUACUCUGCGCACCAUUCUUAUCCUACGCCGUAACCGUCACCGUCACCGAGAUCCAAAUCCUAACUUCGUUUAAGCUCAACCUCCAUGAUCCUCUCGGAGCACUCGACGUGGGAUCCAUCUUCACCGGAAGCACCAUGCGACUGGCGCGGCGUUGCUUGUAACAACCACCGUGUCACUGAGCUUCGUCUCCCUCGUCUUCAACUCGCUGGUAAACUCAGGAACAUCUUGGCGAGUUACGCAUGUUGAGGAAGUUAAGCCUCCGUUCCAAUUUCUUCAACGGAACCAUUCCGAGAACGCUUUCGAAAUGCAAGCUUUUGAGGUUUUUGUUUUUGCAAGAUAAUCAAUUUUCUGGUGAUAUUCCGCCGGAGAUCGGAAACCUCACUGGUCUAAUGAUUCUAAAUGUUGCUCAAAAUCACCUCACCGGAACUGUUCCAAGUUCGCUUCCGGUUGGUCUUAAGUAUCUUGACGUAUCGUCGAAUGCGUUCUCCGGUGAGAUUCCGGUGACCGUUGGUAAUUUAUCUCUUCUGCAACUUGUCAACCUUUCGUAUAAUCAAUUCUCCGGUGAGAUUCCGGCGAGGUUUGGUGAGCUUCAGAAACUGCAAUUUCUAUGGCUUGAUCAUAACUUUCUCGGAGGAACACUACCUUCUGCACUUGCAAAUUGUUCUUCGCUGGUGCAUUUGAGUGCUGAAGGAAAUUCACUUUCCGGCGUGAUUCCGUCGGCGAUUUCGGCGCUUCCGAUGCUUCAGGUGAUGUCACUUUCUCACAAUAAUCUUACUGGAUCAAUUCCUGCUUCGGUUUUUUGCAAUGUUUCGGUCCACGCGCCGUCGUUGAGAAUAGUACAGCUUGGAUUCAAUGGUUUCACGGAUUUCGUUGGAGUUGAAACCAACACGUGUUUCAGUGUUCUUCAGGUUUUGGAUAUUCAACAUAAUAGCAUAAGAGGCACGUUUCCCUUGUGGUUAACCAAUGUAACUACUUUGUCAGUGCUUGAUCUUUCGAGUAAUGCACUUUCCGGCGAGAUUCCGCGGCAAAUAGGAAAUCUUGCCGGGUUGAUGGAGUUAAAGGUGGCUAAUAAUUCAUUCAAUGGUGUUAUUCCUGUGGAAUUAAUGAAAUGUAAGUCCCUUAGUGUUGUUGAUUUUGAAGGAAACAAAUUUGCCGGUGAAGUUCCCACAUUUUUCGGCAAUGUGAAGGGGCUCAAGGUUUUAUCACUUGGUGGAAAUCAAUUCAUUGGUUCAGUUCCGGCGAGUUUUGGUAACCUUUCUUUACUUGAAACAUUGAGUUUGAGAAGUAAUAGAUUAAAUGGAACUAUGCCUGAGAUGAUAAUGAGUUUGAGCAAUUUGACAACUUUGGAUCUUAGUGAUAACAAGUUUAAUGGUGAAAUUUAUGAUAGUAUUGGGAAUUUGAAUAGAUUAACGGUUCUCAAUUUGAGUGGUAAUGACUUCUCUGGGAAAAUUUCUUCUAGUUUGGGAAAUCUUUUCAGGCUAACUACACUUGAUUUGAGCAAACAGAAUCUCUCUGGAGAGUUACCAUUUGAGCUCUCUGGGUUACCGAAUCUGCAAGUUAUUGCUCUGCAGGAGAACAGGUUAUCUGGUGUAGUGCCUGAAGGGUUCAGCAGUUUGAUGAGUUUGCAAUCUGUGAAUCUCAGUUCUAAUGCUUUUUCUGGGCAAAUUCCUGAGAACUAUGGUUUUCUUCGAUCGUUGGUUGUUCUUUCGUUGUCUCAUAAUCGAAUUACAGGAACCAUUCCUUCAGAAAUUGGAAACAGCUCUGCUAUUGAAGUUCUUGAGCUUGGGUCGAAUUCAUUGUCAGGUCAGAUUCCUACCGAUCUCUCUCGCCUUACCCAUUUGAAAGUGCUUGAUUUGGGUGGUAACAAGUUAACUGGGGAUAUGCCUGGGGAUAUCUCCAAAUGUUUGUCAUUAACCACAUUGUUAGUAGAUCACAACCAUCUUGGAGGUGUCGUACCAGGAUCAUUGUCAAAUCUAUCAAAGCUAGCAAUGCUAGAUCUCUCUGCUAACAAUUUGAGUGGUGAAAUUCCUAGUAACUUUUCUAUGAUGCCUGAUUUGGUGUAUUUCAAUGUGUCGGGGAACAAUUUGGAAGGCAAGAUACCACAAACUAUGGGAUCACGGUUCAACAACCCUUCUUUAUUUGCUGAUAAUCAGGGUUUAUGUGGGAAGCCAUUGGAAUCAAAGUGUGAAGGUACAGACAAUAGGGACAAAAAGAGGUUGAUUGUGUUGGUCAUCAUCAUUGCAAUAGGAGCUUUCUUAUUAGUUCUGUUUUGCUGUUUUUACAUCAUCGGCUUAUGGAGAUGGCGCAAGAAGCUCAAAGAAAAGGUUUCUGGGGAGAAGAAAAAGAGUCCUGCAAGAGCAAGUUCAGGUGCAAGUGGAGGCCGUGGUAGCAGUGAAAAUGGUGGGCCAAAACUCGUAAUGUUCAACACCAAAGUCACACUUGCUGAAACAAUUGAAGCCACAAGACAAUUCGACGAAGAGAAUGUACUCAGCAGAACAAGGUAUGGAUUAGUAUUCAAGGCCUGCUACAAUGAUGGAAUGGUCCUUUCCAUUCGGAGGCUCCCUGAUGGAUCAUUAGACGAGAACAUGUUCAGAAAAGAAGCUGAAUCACUAGGCAAAAUAAAGCACAGAAAUUUAACCGUUCUCAGAGGUUACUAUGCAGGACCACCAGAUAUGAGACUCUUGGCCUACGAUUACAUGCCCAAUGGAAACCUUGCAACACUCCUCCAAGAAGCUUCUCACCAAGAUGGUCAUGUUCUAAAUUGGCCAAUGAGACACCUCAUUGCACUAGGAAUCGCCCGUGGAUUAGCCUUCAUACAUCAAUCCACAAUGGUCCAUGGCGACGUAAAACCUCAAAAUGUUUUAUUUGACGCGGAUUUUGAGGCCCAUUUAUCCGAUUUCGGGUUAGAAAGACUAACAGUACCCGCAUCAGCAUCAGGAGAAGCAGCCUCCACUUCAACAUCAGUUGGCACAUUGGGUUAUGUUUCACCAGAAGCAAUCUUAACCAGCGAAAUCACGAAAGAGUCCGAUGUUUACAGCUUUGGCAUUGUGUUGUUGGAACUACUAACAGGAAAGAGACCAGUAAUGUUCACACAAGACGAAGACAUUGUGAAGUGGGUGAAGAAACAACUUCAAAGGGGUCAAAUAACAGAGUUACUUGAACCUGGUUUACUUGAAUUAGACCCAGAAUCAUCAGAAUGGGAAGAGUUUUUACUAGGUGUGAAAGUUGGUUUGCUUUGCACAGCACCAGAUCCUCUUGAUCGACCAACCAUGUCCGACAUUGUUUUCAUGCUCGAAGGCUGUCGUGUUGGUCCUGACAUCCCAUCCUCAGCUGAUCCCACCUCUCAACAUUCUCCAGCAUAACCCAAAAUUCCACUUUUUCCCGGUUUUAUUGUCAUCAUUUUAGAUUAAUGUUUUUUGAAAUUCAAUUUUAUUAGAAUUGUAACAGUAGUAACAUCAGUAGCACCUUGUUAUUAUUAAUCAUUAUUUUCUCAACUAGAACAAAACAUUGCGGCUACUUUUGUUGUUCCUCCAUUUUUUGGUCUUCUCCUUCAAAAUGGUGGUGACAACAUGUGGGCCACAUGAUAAAAUGCUACUCCUAUAAUUUCCACACUCUCUCUCUUUAGUUCGUGAGUUUUGAUGCAGUCAACGUUUUUGACAAUUGUCAAGUAAGGACAAGAGUGGGACCCUUGUUUUGGUUACAAUUUCUGCCAAACAGAACGGCACCAAAAUGGUACUGUUUCCGUCUGCGGGACGGAGCUGGAUAUCUGACAUAGUCAUGUGAGUUUGCGCAGGUUCCGGCAACGGAGAAAGAUCGACUAUGUAGCCGUUAAGAUUGUGGGGUACGAUGUAUUUGUAUAUAUGUUGUUCCCAAGGGUAGAGUAGAACAUUGCAUUGGUGUUUGGUGUGUACUUCCCAUGUGAUUUUUUCUGUUGUCCUAAUUUGUUUGUAUUUUUGUUUAUUUAUUUUAAGAUUAGAGGUAUAUGUGAUUUAACCUCUUUUUGGCCCAUGGCUCAA